UCUGGCUUUCAGGCAGAUCUCUGUUGAAGCUGCACACGGAUUUUAAAAGAAGCUGGAACAAUUUCUGCAGCUUCUUCAGUUGGAUCUCGACGGUUUCUGGAAGAUCUCAUCAUGGAUGAAGCAGCUGUCAUAUAUGAUGUGCCUCGUUUGAUGCGCAGAGUCAGCAAAGAUUUCUUAAUCCACUUUUCUGAGCUGAGGAUUGUUCUAAUGGGGAACAGCUGGACUUCAAGAAGUGUGUUAGGAAACGUCCUACUGGAACAAACCAGUUUCAGCACCGAGGUAGAACCAGAAUCAUGCCUGAGUUUCAAAGGACAGUUGAUGGGGAUAGAUUCAAUCAUCAUAAACACUCCUAAUCUCCUGCUGCCCAACAUCUCCCAGUACAACCUCGUAAAACACAUCGAACAUUUCAUGAGACUUUCUGCUCCUGGACCUAAUUUAUUUCUGCUGGUUCUACAACCUGAUAUCUUCACCGAAGAACACAAAGUCAGGUUCUUCAAAAUCCUUGAAUAUAUCAGCGAUCGAUCCUUUAACCACUCUCUGGUUCUGAUCACACCCGGAGAGGCUCCUGAACAAAAAUACGGCAGUCUGGCCUUAGAAAGCCUGGUGAAGGAGUGCAGAGGAAAGCUUCUGUGGAAGAGGACCACCGUCCUCCUGGAUUCUCUGCUAAAAACGCUGACUGAGAACAAGGGACAAUAUGUCAGCAGUGACAAAUUUGAGGAACCCACAUCCCUGGACACCAAGGCUCCUGGUUCUGCCUUCAGAAUAGUUCUGCUUGGGAAAAGUGAAGAGAAGAAGACAAAACUGGGGAAUUUCAUCAUUGGUAGCAGCAUCAAUCAUUUCCAGAAAAACUCUGCUCCUAAUAAAUGUGCAGUCAGUAAGGGGGAGUGGAAGGGAUAUUCGCUCACAGUGGUUAAAACCCCAAACGUCUUCAGUAUGUCUGAGAAAACAAUCAAAGCAGAAAUGAGGAGCUGUGCAAACUUCUGUGAGCCUGGACCAAAUGUUCUUCUGUUCUUGGUGAAACCUUCUUCAUUCACACAAAAGAAGAGGCAAACCCUCACAUCCGUCCUGAGUUUGUUUGGACCGGAGCCUCUGAAGCACUCGGUGGUCGUUAAGACACACGACCUGAUUGAAUCUCAGGCAGUCAAGCAGCUCAUUAGAGACUGUGAUGAACAGCUGUACAACAUGUUUGAAAAUGACCAGGAUAUGUUAAUGAGGAAGGUUAAGUCCACUGUGCAUAAAAACAAAGGAGUCUUCCUCACCUUCGCUGAAGAGAACAUGGAACCAGGGCCUGGAUUUAAUAAGUCUGCUUUGAACCUGGUUCUGUGUGGAAGGAGAGGAGCAGAGAAGACUUCAGUAACCAAGGCCAUUCUAGGUCAGACAGAGCUACAUUCGGUCUUCAAUCCAUCAAAGAUCAUCAUGAACCAGGGUGAGGUGUUUGGACGUUGGGUUUCUGUUCUGGAGAUGCCUUUCCUGUAUGGAAAGGCUCAGCAGGAAGUGAUGGAGGAAUCAUUCAAGUGUAUCUCCCUCUGUGAUCCUGAGGGUGUCCACGCCUUCAUCCUGGUCCUACCUGUGGGUCCUCUCACUGAUGAAGACAAGGGAGAGCUACAGACCAUCCAGGACACCUUCAGCUCUCGGGUCAAUGACUUCACCAUGAUUCUGUUCACUGUGGAGUCAGAUCCAGCAGCUCCAGCUGUCACUGACUUCAUCAGAGAAAGCAGAGGCGUCCAGGAGCUCUGUCAGAGCUGUGAAGGAAGAUACAUUGUUCUUAACAUCAAGGACCAACAUCAGAUCCCAGAACUACUGGAUGCUGUGGAAAAAACCAACAUAUCCGUGGACAAGCAACAUUCCUACACAACCAAAACACAUAACAAUGCUCAAGCAGAAAAAGUCUUGGAAAAAGAGAAGAAUAUUGUGCAUCUGAAGGCAGAACUUCAGAACCUCAAGGCCAUUCCUAACAGUGUUGAUGAGCAGCCGAGCCCAGACAAUCUUAGGAUUGUCCUGAUCGGGAAGACCGGCUGUGGGAAGAGCUCCUCGGGAAACACCAUCCUGGGAAGAGAAGAAUUCAGAGCUGAAGCUCUCCAAAACUCAGUCACCAAGCUCUGCGAGAAAGCACGUAGUGAAGUGGCCGGCCGCACAGUCACUGUGGUCGACACUCCUGGACUGUUUGACACCAGCCUGUCCAAUGAGGAAGUCAAUAAGGAGAUGACCAAGUGCAUCAGUCUUCUGGCUCCAGGACCACACGUCUUCCUUCUGGUGUUACAGAUCGGCAGGUUCACUAACGAGGAGAAAGAAACAUUAAAACUGGUUAAGAGGGUCUUUGGAAAGACUUCUGAAAAGUUCACCAUUGUCCUCUUCUCUAAAGGAGAUUCAUUAGAUCAUCAUUCAUUGUCGUUAGAGGAAUAUAUUGAAAAAGGGGAAGAUUUCCUAAAGAAUUUAAUCGAAGACUGUGGAGGAAGAUACCAUGUGCUUAACAACUACGACAAAGAAAACAAACCACAGCAAGUCUCUGAGCUGAUAGAAAAGGUUGAGAAGAUGGUGAAGAAAAAUGGUGGCGGCUGCUUCACCAACGAGAUGCUGAGGGAAGCCGAGGCAGCAAUCCAGAAAGUGGUGGAGAAAAUCCUGAAAGACAAGCAGGAGGACAUGCAAAGAGAGAUGCAAAAGCUUAAGAGACAACGGUACAAAGAAGUGAACGAGAUGCGAGAAACAAUGGAGAAAAAAAAAGCAGAGCUGGCUAGAGAAAGAGAAGGUAAAUUAAAACAACUGGAACAAAUGAGGGUCAAAAUUAGCAGCGAGAGUGAAAAGAUGAAGAGAGAGAAGGAAAAGAGACAAGAAGAAGAUGAGAAGAAGAAGAGAGAGGAAGAGAUGGAACGCCAGGAGUAUGAAGCAAAGCUGAAGGAGUUGCAGGAAAAAAUCAAUUCAGCAACAGAUCUGGAGAAAGAAAGUUUACUAGAACAAAUCAAAGAAAAUACAAUAAAAGAACAAGAGAGGAAGAAGAGAGAACAAAAUGAAUACUGGGAUCGACGCAGGAGAGAGAAUGAAAGCACACAGAAAAUAUCUGAAUCAAAACUCAAACAGCUCCAGAUGGAUUAUGAUCAAACCAAAGAGAUGCGUGAUCAAGAGUUUAAUGAUGAGGAUGAAAACCUGAGAGAGUUGGAGGAGAAAUACAACAAGAAAGCAGAGGACAUCAGGAAGAGGUUCGAAGAUGAGGCCAGACAGCAAGCUGAAGAGCACAAUGGGUUCAGAGAGAAAUACGCCACAAACUUCGCAGGUCUGAUGGAGGAACAUAGGGAGGAAAUACGGACCCUGGAGCAGAAACAUAAGAGAGAGAUCCAGGAGACAGAAGAGAAGCUCCAGAGAGAGUAUAAGCUGCUGGAAAACCUGCUGAACCACAAAGAAAUACAACUGAAGGUCAAACUGGAACAAAAAGAUAGUCACCUCAAAGAAAUAGAACAUUUAAAGAAAGUCCAGGAGAAAGAAGUAAAGAUGAUGAAGGACAAAUACAAGAACCGGUGUGUGAUCACCUGAGAACUUCUGUUCAGAUCCAAACACUGAAGAUAGAUCCUGUCUGUGACAAGGAAGUCAGCAGAACUUGGUUCUGGUUUCACUUUCUGUUUAGAUUUUUUCUAUUCAUAAAAUAACUGUCAGGACUUUUAGAGACAUUUCAGAUAUGGUUCUGACAGACGGCCUGGCUGGUGAAACCAUGGUUGGGCUGGGUCGGGUAGAACUGAAAAAGUUGGAUCUGGGAUGUUCUUAUCCACAUUAUAAUCCACCCUGGACCACAUUCUAGGCCUGAACAUAUCAGACGGUUCUGGUGCAGCUGUCCAACUCCAAACCCAGCAUCAUGUCUCAUGUUCUGGCUGCCAGUUGUUGAACUGGUGGGAUUUACUUAUUGUUCAGCUCACUGAUUUAAAUGAAUGAAUAUUAGAAAUAAAUGUUUUCCUGCAUGAGAUAUAAUUCCAGUUCUCCAGUUCAGGAUUCUGACUUCAGGAAUGUUCUGUUUUAUUAUUCUGACUUAAUUUUAAAAUGGAGGGAACCAAGAGAUCCAGUUAGAACAGCUCAGAGUUCUAUAAAGUUGACAUGUUGUCCUGGUGCAACAGGCGGAUAACAUCCUUCCUACCAGCAGGAAACAAACUCAUAAAAUCUAAACAUGUUUGUAUUCAUGCACUGAUCCCACAGAGAAUCUCCUUCUUCUUAGCAAAAAUGAAGCCCGGGCUUCUCUCACAGCCUCAUAGAAACAAGCUGCCACCGCAGCCUGAAGAAUUAGCUCCUUCCUUCCGUCUCCCAGUAAUCAGCACAGCAGGGCUCUGGCACAAUUUGGAGGUGUGUGCUCAUCUGCCCAGCACUCAGCGCAGCCCAGUUUUCAGUAUACUGCUUCCUGACUCCAGAUUGUCCUGGACGUUUUCUGGUUCUCCUUGUUUUUGCAAAAAUAGAUUUUAUAACUCAACUCAAAUAUUCACUGUAAGCCUGAGACUACAGCUGUAAUCCAGUCCAAACUGAGCAGGUUUAUUCCUAACAUGUCACGUGUUCUGGCUGGGUCAGCAACCUGGUUUAAAAGGCGGGAUACCAAGAACAUUUAUUAACAAAGACAGAAGAUCACGAGAUGACAGCAGCGGGUUCUGAAAAAUACCAGCAGCUGUACAGAGUUAGACACGUCUGUGGUUUGUCCAGCUGACUCAGAUAAUGAUGUCUUCCAUAUCAUGAUUCAAAUAAAAUCUGCAUCAAUCCAGCCCUGAAAACCAGUGGAGUUGGGAUCACAUUUUCCUGUGACUAACAGAUUAUAACAGAACCUCUGUACUGAGCCCUCAGACCCGAUGGUGGAAACGAGACAUCAGUCACUGGUUUCUUCACCAGUACAGAUGAUGGGAAUCCAGCUGAGACUGCAGAUCUAGUUCUGAACCUAAACAACUGGAACAAUCUGGAAAUUGAAAAGACUGAGCUUUAUAUUAUUUUAGAAAUUUCUCUUCCUAAAUUAAAAUAAAAUAAAAGUCAUAAAUCUCAACCAGAACAUUAUUUGGGUUAGGGUCGUUUCUGUAACCUAAAAUAAAUGUAACAAUUGA